UUUUCUCAGCAGCAGGUGAUAGAUAGAUAGGGCGAAAAUUGAAGGAAAAAUGGAUGUAACUGUCACAGAUUCGGUGCUUGUUAAGCCUGUAAAUUCCACUCCACAUCACCAACUGUGGGUCUCCAAUAUUGAUUUAGUUAUGGUUAGAGUGCAUUCUGCGAUUGCUUAUAUUUACAGAAGGCCUCCCAAUGGAGAUUCCAACGUCGCUGAAAUAUUGAAAGACGCGCUUUCUAAGGUGUUGGUGGAUUUUUAUCCGCUGGCGGGCAGACUGAUUGUGGACGCCUCUGGUAGAAUUGCUGUUGACUGUAAUGGCGAGGGCGCUCUGUUUGUGGAAGCCAUGACGAACUCAUCAAUCGAUGAUUUCGGAGAUUUCACCUCCCCUUCACAACUCACUACUUUGGUUCCCUCUGCUACUUACGAGAAUGGCUUCACCAUAUCUCCUUUUCUUAUGAUUCAGGUAACCAAGUUCAAAUGUGGAGGGGUGGCUUUAGGAACGGGGAUACAGCAUAUCUUAUCAGAUGGUGCAUCUUCUUUACAUUUUGUGAACAGCUGGUGUGAUGUAGUACGGGGAUUGCAGGUACAUUUACUUCCUCAGGUAGAUCGCAGCCCACUACGAGCUAGAAAUCCUCCCAGAGUGAACUUUCCUCAUGAAGAAUUUGCACCACCUCCAACCCUCCUUCAAGAAGAGAUAAUGAAAAGGCCACAGUUGGAAGGUUCAAUCUUAACGGAAGAGACCGUCUGUGCAAACCACCAUUGCCUUGUGGGUAUUUUGGCCACCCCAACAGACAUUGCAGGAGAAAUUGUAUCCAAUCCUUUGUGGUACAGUGCUGAAAAGAUUCUUGAGUCGAUAAGCAAGAUAGAUGAUGGAUAUCUACGAUCUGGUUUGGACUUCCUGGAGUUGCAGCCAGAUCUAAAUGCUGUUGUUAGAAGGAACGAUAUGUAUAAGUGUCCUAAUAUGGUUAUCAAUAGCUGGACGUGUUUGCCCUUUUAUGAUGCAGAUUUUGGUUGGGGAAGGCCAACUAUGAUGGGCCACCCUUAA